UCCACGCUUGUACUUCUGUCUAGAUUUUCACUGGAAGAAGAAGGCACGACCACGUGUAGAUUAGGACAUUUAAAUAUUAUAUUGCAUUGCGACGAGCUUUGGUACUCUCUAACACCAUAAUUAUGGUGAAAUUAGUCAAGGCAGCUAAAAAGCAGGCAGCAGUCCCUCCGAAAAAGAAGGCUCCACCCCCUCCCAAAGAAGCUGAGGAGUCUAGCAGCGAAGAGGACGACAGUGAAGAGGAGGAAGAGGCACCACCCCCUAAAGUGGUGGCAAAAACACCACCUGCAAAGGCGGUGAAGAAUGGCAAGGCAGCAAAAAAAGAAAGCAGUAGCGAGGAAGAUGAUGAUGACGAUGAUGACUCCGAGGAAGAGGCGCCGCCACCAAAGAAGGCAGCCACCCCAGCCAAAGCACCGGUGAAGGCAGCACCUCCUGCCAAAGCAGAAGAAUCGGAUGAUGAUGAUGAUGACGACGACGAUGAUGACGAUGAUUCAGAGGAAGAGGCCCCUCCCCCCAAGAAGGCCGCCACUCCAGCUAAAGCCAAGGCAGCAGCUCCAGCCAAGAAGGCAGAGGAGUCUGAUGACGAGGAUGAUGACGAGGAUGAUGAUGAUGACUCUGAAGAGGAGGCCCCACCCCCGAAGAAGGCUGCAAAGCCCGCCCCUGCCAAGGCAGCUCCUGCGAAGGAAGAAUCAGACGACGACGAUGAUGAUGACGACGACGAUGAUGAUGAUUCUGAGGAGGAGAUGGACACCACGCCUGCUGCCAAGGCACCAGCCAAGAAGGCUGGUAUGGUGAAGGCUAAAGAGGAGUCUGAGGAGGAAGAUGACGACGAUGAUGAUGAUGACGACGAUGAUGAUGACGAGGAGGAGGAAGCAGUCCCUGUGACUCCAUCAAAAAGGAAAGCGGAAACCAAAAAGGACACCCCAGCAGCCAAGCGGGCAAAAUCUGAAGACGGCUUCAAACUGUUUGUUGGCAAUUUGAACUCCAACAAAGACUUCGAUGAACUCAAAGAAGCCAUGGCCAAUUUCUUCUCCAAGGCCGGUUUAGAAAUUCAGGAUGUGCGUCUCGGAGGGUCAAGGAAAUUUGGUUAUGUUGACUUUGCUACUGAAGAAGAACUACAGAAAGCCCUCGAGCUCAAUGGCAAGAAGAUGCUGGGUCAGGAAAUAAAACUGGACCGGGCCAGGAAUAAAGAGGACUCUGGAGAUGUAAAGAAAGAGAGGGAUGCCAGGACGCUGUUCGUUAAGAACCUUUCGUACGGAAUCACAGCAGACGAGUUGAAAGAAGUUUUUGAUCAGGCAGUUGAUGUUAGGAUACCCAUGGGACAGAAUGGACAAGGCAGGGGAAUCGCGUUUAUUGAAUUUGAGUCAGAAGCUGUCGUGGAGAAGAUGAUGGAGGAAGCCCAGGGUACUGAGAUCCAAGGCAGGACAGUCCUGCUUGACUUCAUCGGAGACAAGAGCAAGCAAAGUGCUGGCAGAGGCAGAGAGUCAGGUGGCAACGCCCCAGCCAGCAAAACCCUCGUCGUAAACAACGUUGCCUACAGUGCGACAGAAGAAUCCCUACAGAGCGUGUUUGAGAAGGCAGUGUCGAUAAGGGUACCACAGAACAAUGGCAGGGCUAAAGGAUUUGCCUUUGUGGAAUUCGAGAGCACAGACGACGCAAAGGAGGCACUGGACACCUUAAAUAACACAGAGAUUGAAGGGAGGAGCAUCAGAUUAGAAUUCAGCCAGAAACAGAAACAAGACUUUGGAGGCGGCAGGGGUGGCUCUGGUCCCACAAAAACUCUUAUUGUGAAGGGUCUGUCAGAGGAAACUUCAGAAGACUCGUUGAGGGAAGCUUUUGAAGGAGCAGUCAAUGCCAGAGUUGUAACUGACCGAGAGACGGGGAAUCCAAAAGGGUUUGGAUUUGUUGACUUCGAUUCCGAAGCUGACUGCAAAGCUGCAAAGGAGGCCAUGGAUGGUGUGGGUGAGAUCGAUGGCCAAAGGGUUUCCACAGACUACGCCCGGCCGAAGGGCGAGGGUGGCUUCGGGGGACGAGGCGGAGGCCGGGGAGGAGGCAGAGGUUUCGGUGGUCGCGGAGGCGGACGAGGAUUCGGAGGCAGAGGGGGUGGCGGAAGAGGUUUCGGAGGCAGAGGCGGCGGUGGCCGUGGCGGAUUUGGAGGCAGAGGAGGAGGUGGAAGGGGUGGCCGAGGAGGAUUUGACAAACCACAAGGAAAGAAGAUCAAAUUUGACGACUAAGGAUCAAGGUCCUUUUUUACGCAUUUUGAAUGAACUCUUCGUCACCCAUUUAUGUGAAUGGAGCCUUUUUGGACAUUCCAGUGUCAUCUGUUGAUCUGUAAUGGGCUCCUGUUGUAAAGGCCCAGUAUAUUUACCCAGACACCACCCAGCCCAUCAUCCUUCAACCCUUUCUGUGCAGAGAGAGAACUCGACAAAGCCCUCCUCCCUUCUCCUUGUGCAUCGUCUGUUUAUUUUUGUUUUUUCUUUUAGUUAUUUUUAUUGUACAUGUGCAAAACAUAUGAAAUUAAAUUAGCCCAGUUUGUUUUGGGCAUUUAGAAUCUGGAGUUGUGUAAUGUAAUGCUUUUGUGUUAAAGUAAUUAUGAGGUGGUACAGUUUGUUUCCUUCAAGGAGCUUGGAGGAAGAUGUUUUGAUAGCGGUUUUUCUGUAGCCUAUGGGCUAACCCUUAAAUAAACUUAAGGUUUUCAAAAAGUGUAAAUCUUAAAUAAACUAAAUUUAUGAUUUUUAUCUAGUCCUGUCUCCCUUUGUCUUCAACUUGUGUUGCAUCCAGUAAUGUUUGGAAUGGGACCUGUAUCCCUCUAGGAGGUUAUCAAAAUGUCUUGUUUUUAAAGCCAAACUCAUCUAAUGCUUUUUGUAAGAUAAAUGAGAUUAAAUUCCCACUAUAUGCUGAUUUCUUAGAUACUUAGUAAAUUGCUUGUGCUAUUCUGUACAGAACUGCUUUUGACUGCACACAGUUUGAAUUGUCUCGGAGGUUGUUUUACACAAUUACUGUAAGCCUAAUGGUAAAAUUAACAUUUUGUGUUUGUGAAAUAAAUUCUGUUUUGUUGCUGAA